UCCUUUGCCACUUCCAGAAAUGUCUUCCUUAAGUGGAAAAGUGCAAACCGUUUUGGGCCUUGUAGAACCAAGCAAACUGGGACGCACCUUGACCCAUGAACAUUUAACAAUGAACUUUGACAAUUUUUACUACCCACCUCCUCCAUGCCAUGAAGCUACCUCCAAGGAACCUAUCAUGCUGAAAAAUUUAUUUUGGAUUCAGAAAAAUCCUUAUUCCCAUCAGGAGAACCUUCAGUUGAAUCAGGAGACAGAAGCCAUAAAGGAAGAGCUGAUAUAUUUCAAGGCUAAGGGUGGAGGCGCCUUGGUGGAGAACACAACAGCUGGGCUCAGCAGGGAUGUGCAAACACUGAAGUGGCUAGCAGAGCAAACUGGAGUCCAUAUCAUAGCUGGAGCUGGAUUUUAUGUCGAUGCAACUCACUCAGCAGCAACCAGGGCCAUGUCAGUGGAGCAGCUUACAGAUGUCCUUAUUAAUGAAAUUCUCCAUGGAACUGAUGGAACGACCAUCAAGUGUGGAGUUAUUGGAGAAAUUGGCUGCUCCUGGCCUUUGACGGACAGUGAGAGAAAGGUACUUCAGGCUACAGCUCAUGCCCAGGCUCAGCUUGGUUGUCCUGUCAUCAUCCAUCCUGGAAGGAGCCCAGCUGCACCCUUUCAAAUCAUCCACAUAUUGCAAGAAGCAGGUGCAGACAUCUCUAAAACAGUUAUGUCCCACCUUGACAGGUCUAUACUUAAUAAGAAGGAAUUGCUGGAGUUUGCUCAACUUGGCUGCUACUUGGAAUAUGAUCUCUUUGGUACAGAGCUCCUUAAUUACCAGUUCAGCCCUGAUAUUGAUAUGCCUGAUGAUAACAAAAGAAUUAGAAGGGUUCGUUUCCUGGUGGAUGAGGGCUAUGAAGAUCGGAUUCUCAUGGCACAUGACAUACACACGAAGCACCGACUCAUGAAAUAUGGAGGUCAUGGCUACUCACAUAUUCUCACCAACAUUGUUCCUAAGAUGCUCCUCAGAGGAAUAAGUGAGAGGGCAAUUGAUAAGAUCCUCAUAGAAAACCCUAGGCAAUGGCUAACUUUUAAAUAGGAUGACUGUUUAUGAACACAGACCUAGAGAUUAAAUUUGCAGAGCAUAUUUGGUAAUUUCAAAUCUACUCUGAGACAUAAAUCCAGUCUACACAGAACCAAUGACUGAUCACUUCCCUCCUGUGAGGAAUUCGAUAAAUGUCACAGGGAACUCUCUGGUGGGGUCUGCUAGGCUUAAGUGAGUCCUAUUGUUUUACCUUAAUAAAACAAAUACAAAAGAGUGUGUUUCCAAACAAUAAUUUAGAGAUGUAUCUCCCGAGUCAUUUUGAAUCUUUUUUUCCCGUGACUCUAUCAUCUACACUACUUGAGAAAAAUUAUGGUGUUUCUAGUUAAGUUGCCCCCUUCUGGAGCAAUCUAAUGUUUCUUGUGCUAUUGAUGAUCCUACUAAUUAUCCUGCUGUUCCUUAAUUAAUGCUUAAUGAAUAAUAUGGCAUUUUAAAAUCACUUUUGCAACAAGGGAAGUUAAAUUUUGAGACUUUUUUCUCCAACGAAGACUGCAAUAAAAUUACCAAUUCAUAACAAUAAAAAUAUUUU